AUGAUUGCUCAGCAAUCAGGUCUACAUUUGCAAGAGAACGAGAAAGCGGGAAAUGUCGCCGUCAAGGAUAUUCUGUGGGAUCGAGGGCAGUCCCGUGCCCCACAGCUCUAUCUCCCAGUUCCUCUGACCUCAUCGCGCCUUCGCCCUCGCUCCCCUCCAUCUCUGCCACUGCAGAAUUUCCUCUGGCAGCGCUCGUCGCCCUCUCUCUCCGCAUUCAUUGACGCCCGUUGCGCUGCUCUUGCGCCUCUUUGGUCCGGGUGGACGCCCUUUGCCCCUCUCCUCCGCCCGCCCUUCUCGACCGGUCAUCCGCGUCCGAGGGAAAGCAUCCGGCCAGACUCUCUUCUGCCACGCCGCAAAAUCCAUUCCAGCUUCAUUGACUUUCUGUUCGGGGUGGUCUCUGGCCAGUCCUUAUCUGGCAUCAUUACUACCUUCAUUGACACCUGUCUACAGUCUUUUCCCUCCCGUCUAACGAAUCUCGCGGUUGUGACCCAUUGGACCAGCACUGCGUCAUUGGGGGCACCUGUUGCUCCAUUUCGACUGACGGCCCUGUCAGCCUGCGCUACUGUCCUCGAUUACUCGAAAACCCGCCGCAGUCCACGACUAGAGGAUCAAAACCUCAAGAACUUCAUCCGGCACGGGAAACAGGCCCGCUUGGUGACGCCGCAUGCGGAACCGACCACCGAUGUCACUGCCGUCCACGCACAGCAACAACGCCAGCCUCAAGGACAGUACACCAACAACCUGGAUGCCAUCGACAACCGGCAUGGAAAUAAUCAGCCUGCAGCCCAGAAAGCCCCCGAGUCGCAUACCAAGCCGCAUACCACCAAGGUCUCGCGGGCCGACAUCGAACGGCUCGUGGCCGAGGAAAAGCAGAGCAAAGCCAAGAUGCCAAAAUACCCCGGUUUAGAGCGUUGGACCCUCCUCGAAAAGAUGGGCGAUGGCGCCUUCAGCAAUGUCUAUCGUGCCAGGGACAAUACCGGCCAGAUGGGCGAGGUCGCGAUCAAAGUCGUCCGGAAAUACGAAAUGAACAGCAAUCAGCGGGCGAACAUCCUGAAAGAAGUGCAGAUUAUGCGCCAACUCGACCAUCCCAACAUCGUCAAGCUUCUAGACUUUUCCGAAUCCCGGCAAUACUACUACAUCAUUCUCGAGCUCUGCCCUGGUGGUGAGCUGUUCCACCAGAUCGUCAGGCUGACCUACUUCAGUGAAGAUCUCAGCC